UUUAAUGGAUAUUUAGGUUUAACUAAUGUUCAUUUUGUGGUUUGAAUUUCAUAUUUAUUUCUGAAUGUCACAUUACUGAUUUCAAGAACACACCAUUUACUUUUAACCUCUAAAAUCACCGGACUCCGUGCAGCAGAUGGCGCGCGCUUGCACAAAGGCAUAUUUAUGCUCGAGGACGAAGAUCCAUCCGCCAUAUUUGUUAACGCAGAUUCGACAGAAACCUCGCAGUACUAAUUCUAGUAUAAUGAAUUCGUUUAGGCUGAGAUCUAGAUAUAAAAACAAAGAUCGAAAUCAUUUUCGCUGUGUUUUUACUGAUUAUUAAUUUAAAAAUAAUGGACCCCGUGCAUGCAGAAAGUGCUACGGUCUUCAUGUGCAAAAUAUGCAACUUAUUCUCUCCCAGUAAAUCACUGCUGCUGUCUCAUGUUACUGAGACCCACACCAGUGAAGGUGGUGACCCCGAUACAUUUAUUGUAGCACUCAAGCCUUUAACAACUCAGCAACCACAGAGCUCAGAUGUUGUUAAAAGAAAACGUGGAAGACCGAAAGGCUCCACAAAGAAAGUCCGACUAGAAGAUGUUCUCUUGGAGAAAUCACCUGAUCGGCAGAAGAAAGACUCCACUAAUAUCCAGUCAGUUAGUGUAGUUGAAGAGCAGUGUGAGGAUGGCAGUGAUCUGGAGUGCAAGAAAUGUAAUCGCAAGUUUAGCAACAAAAGACAAAUUUCCAAACACAUUUGCUUUGUAGGACUCAAAGACCCUGCUGAAGAGGACGAGAACAAUGGCAAUAAUUCUGAUGGCAAUAAAAUGGAUGACGGCGAUGAAGACAAAGAGCGGACACCAAAGAAAGCUCGAGCAAUGCGGAUGGAAAAGGUGUCAAGCGCAAAGGACCCAGAGUCAGCAAACGCCAGCAAAAACCCUAUUAUUAGUGUCGUCCUUACCAGCUACGAGGCCAUUCCAGGUGCCUCUAAAAUAGUUCCUAUUGAAGCCACUCCAGCUGAGCCAUCCACCCAGACAGAUCCACCUGAGGUUUCCCAGGAGGCAUCAUUGAAAAGGGGAUACCAAGAAUAUGCUAUUCAGCAAGCUGUUUAUGAAGUGCCCCUAAAAUCCAGGUUAGGACAAACACAGCUUAAAAUCUUCACCUGUGAAUACUGCAAUAAAGUCUUCAAAUUCAGACAUUCGCUACAGGCCCACCUAAGAAUCCACACCAACGAGAAACCUUUCAAGUGCACGCAGUGCGACUAUGCCAGCGCCAUAAAGGCUAACCUUAGCGUCCAUAUGCGAAAACACAGCGGGGAGAAAUUCAGCUGUGACCAGUGCUCAUUUAAUUGCCUCAGUAAAGGACACCUCAAAGUGCACGUGGAGCGAGUGCACCAGAAAAUCAAGCAACACUGCCGUUUCUGCAAGAAGAAAUAUUCGGAUGUGAAGAACCUCCUCAAACAUAUCCGUGAGACUCACGACAUGACGGAUGAGAAGGUAAAGGAGUCUUACGACGAGUACUCGCUCCAGACCAGGGCAGGCAAACGACAGCUUCUUUACAACUGUGAAAUAUGCGACCGCAAGUUCAAGAACAAGCUUGAGCGUGAUCGUCACAUGGUGGUGCACGGCAGCAAAAGACCCUUUGGCUGUGAGCUGUGCGAUCACGGAUCGACCAAGUUUCAGGCCCUGCAAGCCCAUAUCCGAAAGCACCCCUUCAUCUACGUGUGCGCUAUUUGCCAGCAGAAAUUUGUCAGCUCGGUGCAACUGAGAGCACAUCUCCGAGAGUUACACCCGGAGAUGGAUGAGUCAACAGCUUUUGCGGACUCCAUCAACUCCAGCUUUUGCCUGCUUAAACCAGGUGAUGAUAUCCAAAAGGACAUGCUGAACCAGGAUGAGCUAGAGAUCACCGAAGAGCUCUCUCAACUCAAUGCCCAGGAGUUGUUAACUACAGAAGGGAGUGUCAUGGGACAAGAGGAACCCGAGUCACAAAGCUCAGUUACUUUACUCAUACAGAACCAACAAGAGGGUUUUCCACCUACAGACAGUAUUAACCCGGCCAGUGAGACAUCUGGAAUAUCACAAACACCAGAGAUACCCUGUGAAGAUGUAAAUGAACAGACACUCCAAAAAGAUGCACUUAAAAUAGAUUGUCGUGUGGCAGAAGAUCAGGAUCCUGCACAGGAAACUAUGCCCUUGCCUUCAGAAAGUAGCUUCAUAUCAAAUGCACCCGUUUCAGCUCUUCAAACUACAAAUGUUCAACAAACUACCACUGGUGUUAAUGGCGAGGAAGACUUCAGUUCAGAGCAAGAAGAAAAAUCGGCAUUCAAGCAGAUUGUAGAGCAAAUGCAAAACAGGCCGCUCAACAUGGAAGUGUUCGAAAGGAUUCGGAAAGUUUAUGGAGAUCUUGAAUGUGAAUACUGUGGUAAGCUUUUCUGGUAUCAGGUGCACUAUAACAUGCAUGUGCGAACACACACAAGAGAACACCUUCAUUACUGUUCCCAGUGCAGUUAUUCUUCCAUCACUAAAAACUGUCUGAAGCGACAUGUUAUACAGAGACAUUCUGACAUUUUGCUCAAGUGUCCCUUUGAAGGAUGCCAGUACUGUACCCCUGACAAAUACAAGCUUCAGGCUCAUCUCAAAACGCACUCGGACAUUGUCAAAAAAAGUUUUACGUGCCCUGUAUGCCAGGAAUCUGUUUCGGAGGAUAAAGUUAGAUCCCAUAUCAAAAAUAACCAUCCAGAUGUGUCGAUGAACCAUGUGUCAGAAGCGCUGGGAAUACGUGUACACGUGAAGGGAGUGAUUGGGAAGAGAGCUUCCAAGUGUCCAUACUGUGACUGCUUCUUCACAAGGAAUGGGUCAGAUCUUCAGCAGCACAUAUGGGCUCAUGAAGGAUUGAAACCAUACAAAUGUUCGCUGUGUGAUUAUGCCUCAAGAAGUAAAAGCAACCUCAAGGCUCACAUGAAUAGACACAGCACUGAGAAAACACAUCUCUGUGACCUCUGUGGAAAAAAGUUCAAGUCUAAAUGCACUCUGAAAAGCCAUAAACUUAUGCACACAGCAGAUGGAAAACAGUUCAAAUGCACCGAAUGCGACUUCACUGCUGCACAGAGACCACAUCUUCUCCGUCACAUGGAGCAACAUGCCUCAUUCAAACCUUUCCGUUGUGCACACUGCCACUAUUCAUGCAACAUAUCGGGCUCCCUGAAAAGACACUACAACAAGAAGCAUCCCAACAUGCAGUACACCAAUGCUGGAACAGGGGUGGCCACUUCGGAAACCGUCAUGGAGCAAGGUGGAGUGAAAUGUCCUGUGUGCAAUUACGUCUAUGGCACUAAAUGGGAAAUGAACAGACACCUGAAGAGCAAACAUGGUCUCAAAGUUGUGGACUGUGACAGUCUGAGUCUGAAUCAGUGGGAGGUAGUGGAGUCAGUGGAGGAGCCGGCCAUGCAGUACCUUCAUAUAGCUGAGACUGAGGAUCCACAGGGAACAGAGACUGCUGUAUCAGCUCUGCAGGACCUACGCUUCAACAUGCAAAAUGCUGUUGUGUCUGGCACAGCAGGAGAGAGAUUAGACCCAGCAUCUGUCAACAUCCUCCAGCAGAUCAUUGAACUGGGCUCAGAAACCACUGAUGCUACAGUGGCAUCUGUUGUUGCCAUGGCUCCUGGUACAGUUACUGUUGUCGAGCAGGUGGCGGAGGAGGAUCAGCAGACCAACCAUGCCAUGAUGAUCCAGGAUGCACUGCAGCAGGCAUCUGUUGGACUUGGAGAAGAGCACCAUCUAGUGGUGUCUUCAGAUGACAUGGAGGGUAUCAAAACGGUCACUGUAUAUACACAGGGUGAAGAUGCUUCGCAGUUUAUAGUCUACGUUCAAGAAGCAGUUCAGGAGGCUGUGCAAUCUGAGGAGACCACCACAGAGUAGUUGGUGUACUGGUAAAAGUUAUAGGAUUAUACAAACUGCUUACUCAAAUAAUUUAAGGUAUAUAUAACAGUCAUACUGUACCAAUAUACAGUAUUGUAGGGACCCAACAGGAGCAGUGACCAGAUAUGGCUUAAUAUUAACAACUGCCAAAUGACCUUAUUAAGCAUUUUAGUCAAUCCACAGCCUUGUAAACAAGACGCAGAAGUUGUAGCCUUCACAUAUUUUUUACCGUAUAAUUUUGUGUGAUUUUUUUGUGCAUCAGCAUGUAUGCACCUAACAGAGUUACUGUGUCACUCUGCCUAUCAACCUUUGUAGUUUUUAUAUGAAACUCC